UGUCAUGGGGAGGAGGGCAUUUUUGAGCASUCGCUAGGAAAUGAGAGCUUCCAAGUUCCUUCCUGACUCCUGGACAUGUUUCAUUUGAAAGGUCACAAAAGAGGAUCUUUUAGAAGGGAAAUGGCCACUUGAAGAUGUGCUUAACGCAGGACAGUGAAAUUUUACACAGUGAAAUUCCUCUGUUGUGCUGCUGUUAAGCACYUCUGUCCUUGGAAUCGCAUCCCUCACUGGUCCUUGUGAAUUUGAAAUGACCGAAUCAAGCUGGGGAGGUUAAAACGCUUCUUCUAUUUAAAACCUUGCAAACUCUCGUUAGUUUUGAAGAACACAAGUUCCAGAGUUCCUGCGAGAUGGCUUUAGAGACUUGUGGAAGCUCCCUGAGCUGCCUGCUGGUCCCUCUGGCGCUUUGGAGCAUUGUGGUGAACAUCCUCCUGUAUUUUCCCAACGGGAAAGUUCUGCACGCUGCCAGGCACCAGCUCCCCAACUACGAGUGGAUCUUGGAAGGGAUCUGUAUCUCAGGUGUGAUGAUCCUCCUUUUGGCAGUAAUUCUGAUAACACUGGAGUGCAGUGCGUUGCAGCGGUGCUGCCACAGUGAGAGCUGUAACAAAACCUACAGGAGUUUUAUUGCAGUUGUGCUAGCCCUGCUGGGAGUUGCUUUCUCGGGAUACAGCUGCAUCAUUUUCACCCUGCAUUUGAUUCAAGGCCCUUUCUGCAAUUCAUCCAGUGGAUGGGAUUACAUUUUCAAAGACACUGCUGGGGGGUACCUGACAGAUUUCCCUGCCUGGUCUAAGUGCACAGAACCUGCUCACGGGGUGGAGUGGAACAUCAUUUUACUCUCCAUUUUGAUCGUUCUCAGUGCACUGCAGUUCAUCAUCUGCAUUCUCAAAGUGGCUGCUGAGCUGAAACGAACUCUCUGUGGCACCUAUUCUGUGUUUGUGCAGGCUGGGAUUCUCUGAAAAUGGCAAGAAAAUCAUCGCUGCUUCUCCCCCACCCCCAGAAAAAGAGAGAGAUGGCUUCUCCAGAAUACCUACUGGUACAUUUGAGUGCUACMAAGAAAAAUGAAAUCCUUCUCUUAAAUCUCUUCUCUGUUUUGGAUGAAGUAUAUUUGAAUUGUCUGACAUCUACAUUUUCCUUUACCUGUCCAGUUGCCCYGGCAGAGACACUUUAUAAUUUUUUUUCCCUCCUACUUAUUACAACAAUAGGAAUGUUUGAAUGCAAUGAAACUGCUUUUGUGUUGAAAUCAGCUUUUUUUAUUUAAAUAAACUGCUGUAGAACUGCUUUUGUCCUCCCUUGUCAUUGCUUAGACCAUACGAUUAUUUGUUGUUUUGAAAUGGCCUGGCUCCAACCCCAGUACAUCAGUGCACUGUCUGAAGCUGUGAUUUCUAAAUGAAUGAAUUUUAGUUACAGAGAGCCCGUGAUGGCCACGAAGGGCAGAGCCGACCCUGCUCCUUCCAUCUUGGAAGUCCCUAAAGGCAAAAAGCAAUUACUGAAAAAAGUCUCUGAAGAUUUCCUGUUUGCAGGUGGCUUUGAAUGCCUAAAGUUUCAGACACAACAAUGGAUACAUACUCAAAAAAAGUGUCAUUGCAAACUUUAGACAGGCAAUUUUUAAACGUUUAGGUCCAGUUUUGUUCUAUUUUUCRGUGACACACCAACAGGUGCACAAUGUUUACAGAACCUGAAUAAAGCAAAAGAAGCKUUUGGCACUGGGUAGUGCAUUUAGAGAAUGGUAACAGUUAAGAUUAUUUGGAUUUUACCUUUUCAAUCAUUGAAGAAUGUGGUUUAUCCUGGCUGGCAGUAGAUUAGGAGGAAGAUAACAUUUUGUGGAAUUUCUGAGCCUCAUUGCAGUAAUCCUAAAACUGCUUGGAGAGGGGAUGCAACCAUUCCCCACCUCCAUCCGUGAGCAGCUGCUCCUUUUAAUCUCUAGCAAAAURUGCCACACUUUGUGCAAAAAUUACAUUUCCAACAGAACUGUGGUGGUGGCAGAGCUAACCCAGCACACACUGAUUGUCACCCCGGUCCCRGUGAUCUCAGKGCCCCUUUUCUGCUGGUCCCACACCCGUUUGGUGGUGGGCACAGAAGGGAAAAGGCAGAUCUGUGCAGACAGAGGGAACAGGCAGUGCAGGCACAAAUUCAGAGCAGAUACACGGGGAYAAACUGUCACUUGUGCCUGACAAGUUGUGUUCUUGUGCCACAUGUCAUARGAAUUAUUUUCUCAGUAAUCUACAAGCUAUAGAGCGAUGAAGAUAGUGCAGACUGUAAWUAAACUUAAGUCUGUAAAUGCGUUUAAAUCUGCUUUCAAUUCAGUGACAAGAUUUACAGUCUACAACAGUCUGAAUGGCGACUUGUGCGAUUGUAGCUUGGCAGAAAUAGAAAGAAAUUCUUUGAAGAUUAUCUGAACUGACCA